CGGAAGCUCUGUUGGCCCUGUCAUCCCGUUGUUACAGGGAUGCUUCGUCCUAUGAUUUUAUAUCUUGAUCGGUCACACUUGUUUGGGAGCUGGAGUUGCAUAUUUAUCGAACAUCAGCAUGUUAUAAACGUGUUAUAGUUUUAACCAUACGCACGGAACACAAAGGUGUCCAAGCCCGGAAACACCUAAUCCUAAAUGCUGGUGGAGGAGGUGCACACUGCAUCAUGUUAUUGUAAGCAGCAAACAAAUUAGGGCAGGAUGCAGUCUUCCAACCAUCGACUGCGAGAUAUGGAGCAGCACCACCCGCUGCUUUCAGCCUCAAGUGAUGUUGAAGCUGGAGGUCUUGGGGCUGGUGUGAUGGUGGGCAGUUCCCAUGUUGGCCACACGGGGGGGAAUCGCACUCUGUGGUUCAUCCAAGAUGGCUGUGGCAUGGUGUGUGCAACCAUGACCUGGUUCCUGGUGCUGUAUGCUGAAUUUGUGGUGAACUUUGUCAUGCUGCUGCCUGCCAAGAGCUUUUGGUACUCACUCCUCAAUGGUGCUGCCUUCAAUUCCUUGGCUGUUCUUGCACUAGCCUCACAUCUGCGCACAAUGUUGACUGACCCAGGGGCUGUUCCAAAAGGCAAUGCAACCAAGGAGUACAUGGAGAGCCUGCAGUUAAAGCCUGGGGAGGUCAUCUACAAGUGUCCAAAAUGCUGCAGCAUCAAACCUGAGCGAGCACACCAUUGCAGUAUUUGUAAAAGAUGCAUCAGAAAGAUGGAUCACCAUUGUCCGUGGGUUAAUAAUUGCGUGGGAGAAAAGAAUCAAAUUUUUGUUCUUUUCACAAUGUACAUAGCACUGAUUUCUGCCCAUGCCCUGGGACUGAGUGGAAUGCACUUUUUUACGUGUAUUAAAACCCAGUGGAACGAAUGCAGUAACUUUUCUCCCGGUGUAUCCGUGCUGCUGCUCAUCUUCCUCUGUCUGGAAGCCAUCCUCUUCCUCACCUUCACAGCUUAUGGAGACUUGGCAGUAAUAUUAGAGACGCCUGAGAUGAAGAGGUGUGACAAGCACAUGGUGCGGAAGGGAGGAGACACUACCUUGUAA